AUGGCUGGGAAGGCAGAGAAUGAUGAGGACUGUGUGGAAGGAAAACAGAGGGGCGGGCGUUUGCAGAUCGCAGUCGAAAUGAGGGACUGGGUCUCCCAGCAAAUGGUAACGCAGAGGACAAAAGCCGGGGUCUGGUUGGACGAGUCUGGAGAUCGUGCGGGAAGGCGCGACAGGGGUGGGAGCGUGUUCAAGGUGUGUACGGAGUACUUUCAUAACACAGCACGUUGA